AUGGCGGGCUCCAAUCCACUGGCCAAGUAUAAGCUCGUAUUUUUGGGCGAUCAGUCCGUAGGGAAGACGAGCAUAAUCACUCGGUUCAUGUACGACACGUUUGACAACACAUACCAGGCCACCAUUGGAAUCGAUUUCCUCUCCAAGACCAUGUAUUUGGAGGACAGGACCAUUCGGCUUCAGCUGUGGGACACCGCUGGGCAGGAGAGGUUCCGCUCGCUCAUUCCAAGCUACAUACGCGACUCGUCAGUGGCCAUCGUCGUCUACGACAUCACAAACCGGACGACGUUCCUGGAUACGGCAAGGUGGGUGGAGGACAUCAGAGCCGAGCGCGGCAACGACGUCAUCCUCAUGCUCGUGGGCAACAAAACCGAUCUCGCCGAUAAGCGGUGUGUGUCGGCGGAGGAGGGCGAGUCGAAGGCGAAGGAGUUCGGGGCAAUGUUCAUAGAAACGUCGGCCAAGGCGGGCUACAACGUGAAGCCCCUCUUCCGACAAGUCGCCGCUGCCCUGCCCGGCAUCGACCCCAUCAUCCAGAAGCAGAACACCAGAAAAUGGAAGCCCGCCCCCGCCCGCUGCGAGCGCCUGUAA